AUGUCGCUGUUCUCCGCCAUGGCGGACGAGGGCAGCGUCUGGGCGCAGGGCUCGUCGCUCUUUAACAUCUCGAGCCCGCUCAACGACCUGCUGGAGAAGGACGGCUUCACGCUGGAGGAGGUGCUGCAGGAGGACGAGCUGGUGCAGGAGGUCAAGACGCGCAACACCAAGCUCAUCGACUUCCUAUCACAGGAGCCCGUGCUGCUCAAGCUCGUGGAGUACGUCGUGGAGAGCCCCGAUGACCCGUCGGACGACCUGCGCACGCUCAAGUACCCGUACAUGGCGUGCGAGGUCAUUUGCUGCGACAUCACGAGCAUCACGGAGACCAUCGUGACCGCCAGCGACGGCGCCAUUGUGGAAACCCUAUUAGGGUUUCUCUUCCAGCCCACGCCGCUAGACCCUAGACUGGCCGGCUACUUCGAGAAGAUCGUGACCAUGCUCAUGGUGCGCAAGCCGCAGGAGAUGACGGCGUUGCUCAACAAGAACUCGGACGCGCUGCUCGCAGGUUUCGCGCGUCACGCGGCCAGUUUCUCGGUCGCGGAGCUGCUCAAGCGGCUGCUGCAGCCCUACCAGGCCGACUACAUGGACGACUGCAUGGACUUCCCCGGGAUGUCGAUGGGCUUCCCACCUUCCAACUCGUGGUACGGGGACGACGACGACCAUUUGGGGGGCAGUGGCACCCCCACUGCUAAUAAGGACAAGACGCUGAGCUGGCAGUCGGAGCCGACGGUCGUGGACCUGUUGUUGAAGACGCUGGGGGACGUUGAAGCCGACUCUGACGCCCACAAGCACGCGUCCGAGGUGCUGGUGGACAUCAUCCACUGCGGCACGCGCGCGCAGCAGAGCGACCCGGCGUCGCCCGCCAGUUCGACUUCGCCCGUGUCUUUCGCGCUGCUGGAGCACCUGGAGACCAAGGAGGUGGCGGACAAGCUCGUGGCUCUUGCCGUGCCUGAAGAAGGCGCGGCCAGUUCGUGCACCUCGUCCAUGACCGGAGCGAUUUCGGUGCUGAGCGCGCUGCUGUCGCGCGCCACCAACGCGCAGUACUGCGCCACGGACGAGAUGCCCCCCGCGGUGGCGUGCGCCGUGGAGAGACUACCGCAGAUUUGCGCCAUCUUGAAGAUCGAUGGCGAUGACGCCGGAACUAUUCGCAACCAGCGCCACCAGGAGGUCCCGAGGCUGGGACUGCGCCGACUGAAAAUGGUGGGGCUCGUGGUGCUGCUCAUGCAGUCCAAGUACCAGAAGGUGGACAUUGCGCUGCUGGAGCAGCACGCGAUCGAGAUUUGCCUGGAUCUGUUCUUCAAGUUCGAGUUGGUCAACAUGCUCCACGCGGACGUGGAGAGCAUGGUGAUCGGCAUCUUAGAAAGCGGCAGCCACGAGCUGCUCGUAGGGUUAGUGAAGGAGGCGCGUCUGCUGCCCCGCAUCAUUGAGGCGCACGAGAAGAACGAUGAGGCCACGGCCGUUGCAAAGGGAUUUUCGCUUGGAUUUGUGGGGCACCUCCACCGCAUCUGCAACAUGCUUAUGACCAUGCUGGAGGACGUGCGCGGCAGCACGAACGAGGAGGGAUCGCUCAACGAGAUGCGGCACGCGGACACGGUGCUGGAGCUGUUCGAGGAGGACGAGGUCACGUGGAAAAAGUGGGAGGAGCUGUCGUCCAAGGUGCUCGCCCCCAUUUACGAGCGCGAGCGUCUGCCGCUGGGUGGCGUGACGAUCUCUCAGGGCGGCGAAGAUCCGUACUCGGUCAUGGGCUUCAACCAGAACGAGGAGCUUCUGAACGCGCAGUUCGCCGAGAUGCUGGGCGCGUCGGGCUUCGGCUCGGACCCUAAUGGUUUUGACACGGACUUCGACGUCAAGGACAGCGACACACCCAUGCUGCCGGAGAUCAUGAACGACAGCAGCAGUAGCGAGGAGGAGGACGAGGAGGAGCUCGCACGACAGGAGAGCGCCCCCAAGGAUAGCGAAGGCGGCAUGGGCACGGACCGCUGGGCAAACUUCGAGUCUGGCGGCAGCUGGGCCAAGUUCGAGGACACGUUCGAGGACAUUCCCUUCGAGCCGAUCCCCGGUAUGGAGAUGGAGAACGACGACGAUUUUGACGAUGGAGAGGCCAUGCCAGAGGUGGUAACGACUGUAGACCUGAUGCAGACUGAGACUGAGAGUGAGACCCCCGCCGCAGCACCUGCUUCUGCUGCUGCUGAGGCAGCAGAGGCGACCCCGGCGGAGACGACGGAGGAGAGUAGCGCCGCUAGCAGUCCGGACGAGGCGCCUAGUGCAGAUGCAGCUGCGGUAGAAACAACUUCAGAGGAGGCUGCUGCCCCGGAGGCGCAGGCGUGA